AGCGCAGUAAGACCCGCAAUCUGCCAAGACCCGCUAGCCUCUUGAAUCGAGCACAGAGCAGCGAGGCGGAUGAAUCGAGCGCGGAGCGGCUGGGUCCGCAGCCGGGACUGGGAGGAGGUGAUUUAAAGGGCUGAGAGGCAGCGAGCGCGGCGGUAGCCGGAGAAGCCGCCUGCGGCAGCAGCAGCAGCGGCAGCAGCAGCAGCAGCGCGCGCGCGCCGGCCUCAGGUGAUGGUGAGAUGGGAUGACCCCAAACUUAGCUGGAAUCAGAAGUCUCUGUGAUACUGGUGCUAUCCCAGCUCUCUGCCCGCAGAAGCCAUGAACCUGUAACUGGGGAAGCUUCCCCUCAACCAACGUGUUACCACCAGAUCUGCAGUACAGAAGCCAGCUGCCCUGUCACCUCAGCAUCCUCCAAAGAGACCCCAUCCCCUGGUAUUCCAGUGCAGUGCAUGUGCCAGAGUAUGCAGACUAUCUUGUGUUCCAGCUUCAGGGCGGGAGAGCCGGGGCUGCAGGAACCAGGAGGGGGAAAGUGGCUGGUCUGAAAGGGAGGAGUGGGAAAGGAAGCCCCAGAAAGGAGCCGCGGCAGCCCCACACCGCACGCUGGGCUGGGAUGACGAGAGGGGAAAGCCAGGCUCUAGGAUGCUGGGGCCAGCUAGGCUAGACCUGCCCACGUGAUCCUCACUGCUUCCAGCCCUCGCCCUGCCUGCCCAUCAUGCUGCGCUCCUGGCGUGGAAAGCUGAAGCUGCUGCUCGCCACUGCAACACUGGUGAUCCUUCUCUCGUGGCUCUGUGUCUUUAUGGGCAGUUCAGAAUAUGGCCGUUCCCUCCUAUUGUCUCCUUGCUUUGGGGACCGGCCGAGCCAGGACCUGGAGCGAGAGGCCUUGGCAUCUCAGGUGCGCAAGGUGGAAGAGGAGAACCUGCAACUACGUCUGCGGCUCAGCCAGUCUCAGGGACAAGCUGGGGCUGUGGACGGGAGCGAUGGCAGCCAGCAGUGGGCAGCCUCCUUUGAUGAUGGGGACACCCCAGGGGAUGACAGGAGCAACCGCACGGGUUGCCCCAAGCAGCAGAUGGUGCAGAAGUGUGAGCUCCUGCACGUAGCGAUUGUGUGCGCUGGUCACAAUGCGAGCCGAGACGUGGUCACCCUGGUGAAAUCCAUCCUCUUCCACAGGAAGAACCCUCUCCAUUUCCACCUCAUCACGGACUCAGUGGCUCAGCAGAUCCUGCAGACUCUCUUCCAGUCCUGGAUGGUGCCCUCCAUCCACGUUAGCUUCUACAACGCAGACGAUUUGAAGGCAGGAGCCCCAGAUCCCCUCCUCCCCCCACUGUUCCUCUUCCCCCUUUCUCAGCUUCUCUUUCCAGAUGCAGUAUUCCAGGGAAGUGAGCAGCCCCUCAGGGAGGCAGAGGUGUCGUGGAUUCCCAACAAGCAUUACUCUGGGAUUUACGGGCUGAUGAAGCUGACGCUCACUAAGGCGCUGCCCUCCAACCUUUCCAAAGUCAUUGUCCUGGACACAGACAUCACCUUUGCCACUGACAUCGCUGAGCUGUGGGCCGUCUUCGGGAAGUUCUCCGACAAGCAGGUGAUUGGGCUGGUGGAGAACCAGAGUGACUGGUACCUGGGAAACCUCUGGAAGAACCACAAGCCAUGGCCAGCGCUGGGACGUGGCUUCAACACAGGGGUGAUCCUGCUGCUGCUGGAGCGCCUGCGCCGGAUUGGCUGGGAGCAGAUGUGGCGGCUGACAGCGGAGCGGGAGCUCAUGAGCAUGCUGUCCACCUCGCUGGCAGAUCAGGACAUCUUUAAUGCAGUGAUUAAGCAGAGCCCAGUGCUGGUGUACAAGCUCCCCUGCUUCUGGAACGUGCAGCUGUCCGACCAUACCCUCUCAGAGCAGUGUUACUCAGAGGUCUCUGAUCUUAAGGUGAUCCACUGGAACUCACCCAAGAAGCUGCGGGUGAAAAACAAGCAUGUGGAGUUCUUCCGGAACCUCUACCUGACCUUCCUGGAGUACGAUGGGAACCUGCUGCGCAGGGAGCUCUUUGGUUGUGCCAGCCUGCCCAGCCCACCCAGAAACCAACUGCAGCAGGCCCUGGAGGAUCUCGAUGAGGAGGACCCCUGCUAUGAUUUCCGCCGGCAGCACCUUAUGCUCCACCGCAUCCACCUGUUCUUCCUGCAGUAUGAGGUCCUGGCCUCACCUGACCCUGCUGAUGUCACCCUGGUGGCCCAGCUCUCCAUGGACAGGUUACAGAUGCUGGAGGCAAUCUGCAAACACUGGGCAGGCCCCAUCAGCCUGGCGCUGUACAUGUCUGAUGCAGAGGCCCAGCAGUUCCUGCGCUAUGCCCAGGGCUCGGAGGUGUUGAGCAGCCGCAGGAACGUUGCCUACCACAUUGUGUACAAGGAGGGGCAGUUCUACCCUGUCAACCUGCUGCGCAACGUUGCGUUGACCAAUGCACAGACACCCUAUGUCUUCCUGACGGACAUAGACUUCCUGCCCAUGUAUGGUCUCUACGAUUACCUCAGGAACUCCAUCCGGCAGCUGGAGCUGCCCCAGCGGAAGGCAGCGCUCAUUGUGCCAGCAUUUGAGACUCUGCGCUACCGUCUUGCCUUCCCCAAGUCCAAAGCGGAGCUGCUCUCCAUGCUGGACAUGGGCUCCCUCUACACCUUCAGGUACCAUGUGUGGCCAAAGGGCCAUGCCCCAACUGACUAUGCCAAGUGGCGGACAGCUACGGUGCCGUACCGUGUGGAGUGGCAGCCGGACUUUGAGCCUUACGUUGUAGUGAGGCGUGACUGCCCCCAGUAUGACCAGAGAUUCGUAGGCUUUGGUUGGAACAAGGUGUCCCAUAUCAUGGAGCUUGAUGCCCAGGAGUACGAGCUGCUGGUCCUGCCCAAUGCCUUCAUGAUCCACAUGCCUCACGCCCCCAGUUUUGACAUCUCCAAGUUCCGCUUGAGCGCUGGCUACCGGGGCUGCUUGCAGACACUGCGGGAGGAGUUCCACCAGGACCUGUCGCGUAGGUAUGGCGCCGCCGCACUCAAAUACCUCACUGCCGAGAGGAGCCUGUGAUGCCGAGGGACAGCAUGGCGGUGGACUGGAGGGGGAAGGGGACAGACCCCUUCCUUCCUACAUGGCUCACUGCCUGAAAGGGAUCAAACCUGCAGCACAGUUUCCCCAUCACAGGAACAGUAGCUCCCACUGGGGAUGGAAAGAAUCAAGAGAAAGGGGCUCUUAGGAGCAGUUUAAGUGGCUGAGGGAGCAGAGCCUCAGGGCUGAGGGUUUCCUCACAGCAGCUGAAAGCCUCACCCAGAGACAGGACAACAUUGCUAAACUCCCAGCAAGGGGGCUACCUGGAGCCUAUUUCCCACUUCAAGGGCCAUGGUGGGAUUAGUCCCUAUCAUUCAGUUUCCAGAGCUUUGGCUAGUGUGAAUGACCCAGUGAUGGGGCUCCCAUGCAGUCCCUUGGGGCACUUGCCAGAAAGCUUUACCUGAUGUUCUGCAAGAUGCUCCCUUGCUUGGUUUCAUCAGCUCCUCCCCUUUGCACCCUCUGGGCUUUGCCUCCUUCAGAGCCCUGCAGUUAUUGCUGUCAGGUGUAGCUUAGCCCUGCAAGAGAGGCUGAACUUAAUUCCUUCUGAUGAACCUCUUCUUCCCCUUCUCUCUCCUCCUCCUCCCCCCCCACCCCCCCGUUGUGAUUACUUGUCUGACCUCCUUCCCUGUGCCCAGAUGGGACUGAAGCAUCCCCAUGUUUCCCCAAGGGGAUGAUGGCCUGUAGAAUUGGUCUCCUAGGGCAUGCCUACACUGCUGUGAAACGCACAGCUGCAACGGGGUGCAGGGCUAUAAAAUUGCAGUGUAGAUGUUGGAGCUGAGGCUCUGUGACCCUUCCUGCUUGUUUGCAGGUGGCUGUAUAGGCACACUUGUGCACAAUCUUUUGCUGGCUGAGGGUCUGUACACAACAACACCUGCCAGCUAAGAUCCCUGCAUAGGCACUGCCUCUGGCCAGCCUAUACCACUAACCUUCAUGGCCAUCUUCCCACAGAGGAGGGGAAGUCCUGUCCCUCUUCCCCACGCUGUCUGGACGGGAUCUCAGGCUGCUGCUGCUUGGUGUCACAUCUCCGGAUUCUCCCGCAUGUGGCUAGUGAGGGUUGGUGCUGCAGGUCUGAGGCCCUAGUCAGCUGCUGGGGCUAACAGCAGGUUUGGUUCUGGUCUGUGUCUUGGAGCUGAGCCAGUAUUGGAUGUAUUGCCAAAUUGUGGUGCCUGUUGUAAUAAAACCAUCCAGUCCCUGCCACUCUGGGAGUAGAUAAAAUUGUCCCCUGGUAGCCACCACCUGCUCGGAGAAACCUCUCUGAGGGUCACUUCCAAGUCUCAGAAGGAAAGAGCCUGAAUCUCAGUAAUACUGACAUUGACAAUCAGGGACACAGUUGACAUUGUAGCUGGGUGCCAUGGUCGGAGCCUGUGCUGGGAGCAGCUUCGGCCAGGUGCUUUUCCACAGUCGUCACACACUGGAGCACGGAGGCACAGUUGCUUUCCUCACUCUCUAUUUAAGUUAUUUAAGAUGAUUUCUCACAGGAUGUAAAUGAUUAGGAGGGCCUGGGGUUUUUAGCCUCUCUCUUACUUCAGAACCAUCAGCAAGGAUCUUCAGGCCCAUCAUUGCUCGACUCUGUUCUUCACUUACUGGCAUUAAUCUGAACCGCAAGAGCCGCUACCGUGCUGGGAACUCUUUGUAUGGAAAGGGCACAAGUGUCUCCGGUAACUUUUAAUUAAAGCUUUUUUUAAAAUUCUUUUUCAAA